AUGACUUCUCCGAUGGAUAUCACAGAAUCCAAUAACAUGGUGUCAAAAGCAGCUGCACCUAAACCGAUCAUCACUUCUACUACAAACAGUAAGGACUCUCAUGAUUCAGAGACGGAAGAAGAUACAAGUACAACGAUUGCAACGAUGACUUCUCCAAAAGACAACAGAAGAACUACCGAUAUGGAGAAUUCGACAAUCACAGCUUCACCCACCGCAUCUACAUCAUUCACCCCCCCAAAGGUCCAUGUGAUCGAUGGACAAUGGCAUAAAACUAAGGGACCGGAUGCUUUUGAGAUACAGUUUUGCGGAUUUAAAGAUGCGGAUUUUUUUAGCAAACAACUCAAAGUCGAUAAAUGCUACACUGGUUACAAACGACGAGAGGAAAACUUAGAUAACGAGUUUGAGAAAUACAAAAUUCAGCAUGAGAACGAAAAGACACUCAGAAAGCUCUCAGAAACAAUGAAGGAGGGGAAGGUGAUUCAACAUGAAGAUGAGGUCGCACUUGAGAGAUUAUUCGAUGAAUAUUUGGAGGCGACGAAAGUAGGAACUUCUAUCCAGCACGAAGAUGUUAAGAUGCUUCGAGAUUUUUUGGAUUCGAUGAAAGAAGGGAAAGUAAAGCCGAAGGAUGUAGCUUGUCUUGGCUUGGGAUCUUUUGAACGAUUUGGAGAGAGAAAAGCAUCGUUUGGACAAUUGGCUGCUUUCAUGAAGAUUAUGGAACUUUUGGAGAUUCCAUCUACCGCUAGAAAAGUUAUGCAAGAUCCGGAUUUUUCACCAGGAGAUGAGAGAUUUCUUACACGCUGCGGGUUUGAAGUUGUGGAUGACCCUCAAGGAUUUGAAGCUGCAAAUGAGGAAACCUUAGUCUUCCAAGUUGGUGGAUGUAAUUGUAUGAAUCAGCGAAUUAUGGAUCGUCCUUGGCCUGCAGUAUUCAUUAAAAUGGGAAGAGGAUAUAUCUUGGGAAACAGAAGCAAGAUUGUACAGGGAAUUCGCAAUUGGUAUCGCGGUGAAGGAAGACCUCCAUUGGAUAAUUGGUGGGGUGGAAAAAAGAAGUUUGUGGCGAUUCAAAAAACUUAUGAUUACAAGGAGAUUCCUGCGAUUAGUAGUAUUGGCACUGGUAUGAGAUUUACUAAGCUAUUCUGGAGAAAAGAAGUAGUGGGAGGAAAAUUUCAAUGGGUUAUAGAUAUUUGGAGAUUGGUGGGAUCGCUUUUUUCUCAAAGAGAUCCUGAUCGAUAUUUCUAA